AUGGAUGGAGAUCCACCUCUACCUGGCCAGACCCUACGGGCCACCGCCGGCCGCGCCACCAGCCGCCACCACCGGGCCGCUGCUCCCGCCGUGCCGGCCGAUGCACCGGCGGCCUCCGCCGCGAUCGCCGGGCCGCUGCAGCAGCUGCUGCUGUCGUCGCCGCCACCCGAUGCCGGGCUGCUGCAGUCCCCGCUGCCGCUGUCCACCAUCUCUGGGCCGGGCGCUACCACGGGGCCGGCGGUCCCUCUUCUCCAGCAGUCGGCCGCCUUCUUCCCCACCGGGACGCUGCAGCAGCAACAGCAGCAGCUGCCGCCGCCACCAACACCGCCGAUGCAGCUGCUGUCCUCACCAAUGUUGUCCCCGCUGUUCGGUGGGCAGCAGCAACAGCAGCAGCAGCCAUCGCCACCAACACCAAAGCAGCGGCUGCUGCCUCCACCGACGCCGUCCUUGCCUUUCUGCGGUGUGGGAGCGACCUUGGCCCCGGGCUCUACAUCGACACCGCCCGGGAUGCCCUUCCACCAGGUCGUUUCUCUCUAUCGCCGUCACCGCUUCCGGCUUGGAUCGCUAUCCGCCACGUGGCGGCGGUGA